AUGGUUCUCGCACUUUCGGGACUCAGCCUGGCCAAGUACGUGCAGUCGUCGCCAGCGCUCAUGCGCAUGCUCAAGCCCGUCGCCAACGCCUACGCCAACGCCACGGGCCACCGUCAGAUGGGCCUGCGCUACGACGACCUGCUCGUCGAGGAGUCGCCACGCGUCCAGAAGGCGCUCUCGCGACUGCCCGAGCGCGAGGCCUACGACCGCGCCUUCCGCCUGCGCCAGGCCAGCCAGCUCUCCGUCCUCCACCGCGAGCUUCCCAAGGACCAGUGGCUCCCCGCCAAGGAGGACAAGCGAUACCUCACGCCUUACGUCGCCGAGGUCGCCGAGGAGGAGUCCGAGCGUGCUGCGUGGGACACCGUCGCCGUCAAGAAGGGCCACUAA